AUAUAAAAUGAGCAACGUUCCCAUAUCUUUAUAUGGACUAAAUUACAUGUGAUGAUUAAUCGGGACAAAAUUAUCCAAAUUCCAACCGGAAAUGCCAGGACGAUGCGGACGUUGUGGAAAAUACGUUGGAGCGGCUGAGGAGCGUCGCGCCCUUGGGAAAAGUUGGCAUGUCGAGUGCUACACGUGCGCCAUCUGUCACCGCGGCUUGGACAGCAUGACGAUCGCAGAACAUGGCGAAUUGAAGGACAUAUUUUGCAAGGCUUGUUACCGCUUGUACAUCGGGCCAGACGGGUACGGUUAUCCGCCCAACGGACCCGCCCUCAUCGCGUACGACAUGGAACGACAAGGCCCACCGCCGGGUUCGGGAGGAAAGUGGAAAACACCGCCGACCCGACUGGGGAAAACGUUUCUGCGGAAAAAGACCCUCCCGAAUAAGGGGUCGGCAGUAUCGGUUCGUUCUGCGGCUCAUUCUGCGACAAGUAAGACGAGCUCCCAUUUUCCGAUUAGGAGAGACUCUCCACGACCACCGAUGGAUAUUACUUCCGGCAACAGUAUGAUCCCCUUACCACCCCCGCUUCCACCUCCUCCUCCUCCAUUCAUGGGAAAAAGCCGCAGUCAAAAUUCUAAUUUUUCAAAAAUUUCUCAAAAUUCUAAUGUCUCAAAGAGUUCUGGAAAAACUUCUGGAAAUCCGCCCCCACCACCACCUCCGCCACCACCACUCCCUCCAUGGUCACCAAGUCCGUUCGUUAACAAAUCUUCCCCCACUUCUUCACAUCGUGGUGGCACUUCUUCCCCAAAAAUACCAAAACCGCCCCCUCUUCCUCCACCCCCACCACCACCAAAAAGUGGGAAACUUUCCCAGGUAAAAAUACCGUCAGAAGCACCAUCUCUGAAAAAAUCGCAAAGUGGUCAUUACCAGAAUUUGGUUGGGGAAAGUAGUACUAGUCGGAGGUCGAGAUCGUCCUCGCCCCCCGUGAAAUCGCAACAGUUCCAGUACCACCAACAGCCCGGCCGAGAUCCGAACUGUCCUCCCCUAUUUUUCUGUGGGGGCAAGUGCAUCGGGACGCCGAGCGUGCCAAGAUAUCCGCCAAAUCCCUCGAUGGAUAAGAGGAUUCCACUCGGACCUAGUUUUGGAGCGGUGAGAGGUGUUCCGAAAGGAAUUGGGGAGCGAUGCAGGAGAUGUGGUCGCCCCGUGUUCCAAGCCGAACUCCAACUCGGUUAUCAUGGCGCUUAUCAUACUGAAUGUUUCAAGUGCUGUUCUUGCGGGAAGAAGUUGGACUCCACGACGGUAGCGGAGCAUCAGGGGGAAAUAUUUUGUAAAGGAUGCUACCGAAGAAAUUUUGCAACAUCCGGUGUCGGAUUUGGAAUUGGAGCUGGGGCGUUGCAGACACCGUAGAAAAAUUUGUGCAAAUUGGUUAAAAUUUUUAAAAUUAUUGGAAUAUUUUACAACCAGAUAAUGAAAUA